UCAGCCCGCCAUUUUUACAAUCUCAAGGCUUCUCCUUUCCGCCAUUGAAGCACAUUCUCUAUCUAGAUGGCCAAAACCAGACCAGGCAAGCGCGAUUUAGAUUCCUACACCAUCAAAGGCACAAGCAAAGUCAUCAAACCUGGAGAUUCUGUGCUGUUGCGAUCAUCGGAGAACAAUAACACUCCGUAUGUGGCUAGGGUGGAGAAGAUCGAGGCGGACAGUCGGAAUAAUGUGAUUGUUCGGGUAAGGUGGUACUACCGGCCGGAGGAAUCGAUUGGAGGUCGAAGGUUGUUUCAUGGUGCAAAAGAGCUGUUCUUGUCUGAUCACUAUGACGUUCAGAGUGCUUACACGAUUGAAGGCAAGUGUGUGGUUCAUUCUUUCAAGAAUUAUACUAAGCUUGAUAAUGUUGGACUUGAGGACUACUAUUGUCGAUUUGAGUACAAAUCUGCUACAGGGGCUUUUCUGCCUGAUCGCGUUGCAGUGUAUUGUAAAUGCGAAAUGCCCUACAAUCCUGAUGAUUUGAUGGUGCAGUGUGAGAGGUGCAAAGACUGGUACCAUCCUGCUUGUCUUGACAUGACUAUAGAUCAAGCAAAGGGAUUAGAUCAGUUUUUGUGUUUUGUUUGUUCUGCUGGUAGUAAAGGUUAUGAGGAAGAACCAGACACAUAUCCUUCAUCUGAAAUGAGCGAUGGAAAAAAGUUGGAAGCAAAACGCAGAAAGAAGUGAAGAGUAGUUGGGAUUAAGGGGCAUUGUGUGAGCCCUCUCUCUGUUUAUGUAAUGUACAGACUAGAGAAUGAUAUUUUUGAACUUAGAGAAUGAUCUAAGUU